CACUGAGGAAAGGUAUAAUAUAUGGAAAAUAUGCAUCUAAGGCGAGUUAGAACUAUGCCCCGUCACAGCCAGUCCCUGACCAUGGCACCUUACUCAUCCGUGAGCCUAGUGGAACAGCUGGAAGAUAGGAUCCUCUGCCAUGAGAAAACCACCGCCGCCCUCGUGGAGCACGCCUUCCGGAUUAAAGACGACAUUGUCAACAGUCUGCAGAAAAUGCAAAACAAAGGAGGAGGUGACCGCUUGGCCAGGCUUUUCUUGGAGGAGCACAUCAGGAACAUAACUGCCAUAGUGAAGCAACUAAAUCGGGACAUCGAGGUACUCCAGGAGCAGAUCCGUGCCAGGGACAACAUUAGCUAUGGAACUAAUUCUGCCUUAAAGACCCUGGAGAUGCGUCAGCUCUCUGGUUUGGGAGAUCUUCGAGGAAGAGUGGCAAGAUGUGAUGCCAGCAUCGCCAGGCUCUCUGCAGAGCACAAAACGACCUAUGAGGGGCUCCAGCACUUGAACAAAGAACAGCAAGCUGCCAAACUCAUCCUGGAGACAAAAAUCAAAGAUGCAGAGGGACAGAUUUCUCAGCUUCUGAACAGAGUGGACUUGUCCAUAUCAGAGCAGAGCACCAAACUGAAGAUGUCCCACAGAGACAGUAACCACCAGCUUCAGCUCUUGGACACUAAUGCUGAGUACUUGAAAAAGGGAGCCAAUGAAAGGGACAUGGAGAAGAAGCUCGGCCAGAUGUCAGCCAGGCUUGACAAAAUAGAAGAGGGUCAAAAGAGGACGAGUGAUGGACAGAGAACAAAGCAAGACGAGGAGAAGAUACACGGGCGGAUCACCAAGCUGGAGUUGCAGAUGAACCAGAACUUAAAGGAAAUGAAAGCAGAAAUUAAUGCGGGGUUUACAGCCAUCUAUGAGAGCAUAGGAUCCCUCAGGCAAGUGCUGGAAGCCAAGAUGAAGCUGGACAAGGACCAGCUACAGAAGCAAAUCCAACAAAUGCAGAAGCCGGAGGCUCCUGUGUGAAGGGGAAUGAGGACCUAAAAGAAGGUUUUGCCAGUGGGGCUUGGAGCGCAAUCCCUGUGUAGCCAGGCCAUUGCUGCAUCCAGGAUUGUUCCAUCCAUGGCGUGCAUGUGCCAAGAAAUGUGUUUUCAUGGGUCUAAAUGUUUACCUUAAGUCUUGAAAACACUCUUUCUUCAAAAGUACUCAGUACAAUUUUGACCACUUUAUUUCACUUUUCUAAAUUCAAUGGAAUUAUCCCCCAUGGAUUUCGAAAGGCUUUUUUUCUCUUUCAUUUUAUGAAUGAAAAGACUUAACAAUUUCGCUUCAAUGCUUGAUGCUCUAGCCAAGACGGUUUAGGAUUUUGAAAAAUGCCAUGGUGAUUUUGAAUUAAGAAACUAAUGAGUUGUCCCAGGAAUGUGUCGCUCCUCACCCUAGAUGAAGAGAAUGUCCUGACAGAUUAGAAUUCAACCUUUGAGUCCACAUUUGGAUUUUAUUAUUGUCGUCUAUGCAUUUCUUAUAUUGGUUAUCUUCCUGUAAACUUUCUGUCUUUUGUAAGGGGAAAGGAUUUCACACUUGGAAGAAACCCCACGAUUUAUGUAAUGAAAAUAACUUAAACAUUGAUAACUGCCAUAUAGAUUAAAAAAUCAAAUGGAAAGGCACAAUAUCUAUAUCAGCCACCUUGAGAUACUGAUUUUAAUAUUUAAAACUACUUUUGAAUUAUCUGCAACCUGUAUAGUGAUAGCCAUAUAUUUAAUAAUGGAUUGGUGGUUAAUAGUCUGUUUACUGCAGCACAAUUAAUUGUUCAUAUCGUUGAUCAUAAUAGAAUGUGAUAAUUUUUCAGACUUUUCUGAUCUCUCUAAAUGUUUCCAGCAUUGGCACAAAGUGCUAGAGUUUAUAUACACUUCUUGUAGCUGUACUCUUGUGCCUUGGUUUUAUCUUGUCAACGCACUGUACCCGAUCCGAGAUUUGAAGACAGCAUAGAAGGCGUGAUAACUCGUGAGAAUUAUGGUGUAAAAACGGGAUCCUCUGUAUUUUUUAAAUGUUCUAAAAAUUUUAUCGCUGUUCAGGCAUUAAUCAUUCAGUCUUACUGGUGGAAUAGAAAUUCAUACUUUUGUAUGGACAAAGAAUCAAGUUACUAUUGCAUUGAUAACACUGUCAAGAAACCUUCCUCCUGAGCAACUUUGUAGAUGAUGGGUGUUUUAUUUUCAAUCGCCAUAUUUGAUUAGUCAUUGACAGUUGGCACUCGUGCUGUGUUGUUCACUUGUGUAUGUGAAAACCGAUAGUGAGACACACCGUUCUAAACUGUGAGGGUGUCCCAGGAAAAAGAACAAACAGGAAUACUUUAAAAAUAAAAUAAAAUCUUUUUCUUUUGUUUGUCAAGGACUCAGGAAAAUAAAAGCAUUUUCUAUUUUUAGAAUAAAUCAUAAAUGAAACAUCGAACUGGCUAUUACUGUUUGCCCACAUCAACUAUGCUGCUAAAGUCCAUCCUAUUUUACUCUCCAUGGUUUGUCAAACAUUUUUUUUUAAACAUGAGAGAUUCAAUAAGCAAUCUGUCAUCCAACGCAUUUUUUUUAUUUUGUCGCAAAUCUCCCCUUAACAAAGAAAAGAGAGGGGAAUACUCUUUUGCAAUCAGAAAGCGAAUUUCUUUUUGCAAUAGAGCAACCUGUGAAGUUCUUCACAUUUAAGCACAAAGCCACGGCACAGAGAGCCAGAAGAAUCAGCCCAUCUGACACCUGGGAAGGGAGGGCCGGGAUGUCAGCCUGCCUCCGGCUGGGGGAAGCAGGUGACAAUGUGAGCAGGUGACUGCUGGACUUUCUCAGGUGCUUCUGACAAUGCCAGCCCCAGGCAAUGAGCCACCACAGGGGUUCUCCACCUUGGCCACACAUGGGAAUCACCUGGAGGAGAUAAGAUAACUAUCAGUGCCCAUCUGCCCCCCAGACCCCUUAAGUCAGAACAUCGGGGUAGCAGGUGGCAGGCAGCAGUCCUAUCCGAGGCCCUGGGUGUUUCAGUGUGCAGCCAAGGUGGGAGCCGGCAGCCACAGCGCAGUACUCUGCUCACCAAACUACCAAAGUUUAAAUGAGAAUCAGCUUCCAUGUUCUUUUCUUUACCAGAAAUUUGCAAUAAAAAAAUAAA